AUGGGGAAAGCGAACAGCAAGCUGAGCUCAGAAGAGCUGCAAGAACUGCAGCGAUGCACUUACUUCGACAAGAGAGAACUACAGCAAUGGUACAAAGGCUUUAUGAAAGACUGUCCAACCGGCUCCCUCGACCGCGAGAAUUUCGCACGGAUAUAUAAACAGUUCUUCCCAUUCGGAGACUCGGCCGCUUUCGCGAAUCACGUAUUUGACGUGUUUGACGAGAAUAAGAACGGGACGGUAGAUUUCAAGGAGUUCAUCUCGGCGUUGUCGGUUACGUCGAGGGGGAGGAUCGACGAGAAGCUUGUUUGGUCAUUUCAACUAUACGACAUCAACAACGAUGGAUACAUAACACGGGACGAGAUGUAUCAAAUCGUAGAGGCAAUAUACAAAAUGGUGGGGAAUAUGGUCAAGCUACCCGAAGAUGAGGAUACCGCGGACAAGCGGGUGGAGAAGAUCUUCACGUUGAUGGACAGUAAUGGAGAUGGGAAACUCGAUAUGGAAGAAUUCCGGGAAGGCUCGCAGAAAGACCCGACGAUAGUCAACGCGCUCAAUCUUUACGACGGCCUUGUUUGA